AGCCAUUUCGGCUCAAGCUCCACGGGCCUCCUCGUGGGGCUCUCGUCCAACCUCGGGUUCAAACACCCCUGGUCAACGCAGGGUAGGGCCCUUUUUAACCCUAGUACUUUCAUGCAAUCUUUGCUGCGCACAGGACACCAUAUCUGUGUUCAGCCCCCCCUCGCACGCAACAGGAUGUCCAAUCAAUGGACUGCGACUUGUUUGACCCCUGGAUGCCCAGGAUGGGUAUGGCGUGCAAGGGGCAUCGAGCAGUGUGGAUAUUGCGGAGGAUCUUUUGACGAAGUACCAGUUCGACGCCCAUGGCAGCGUCAUCCCGGCACCGAUUACCGCUUCUCAAAAGGUAAGGGGAAGAAACUCUUCAAGGGCAAGGGCAAGGAUACAGUAGUUAAACCUCGUGGGCCAUCUUGGGGCGUAGAUAGCCCAGUCCCCUGUGCAAGCCACAACGGAUUUCUGCCGAAUAGUUGGGUCCAUAACGGCACUACCCGGAACAAUUCGCCACAUAAAGAUAAGCAAAGUCAGCAUUUCGCUCUAUCCUGGAACCUCACCAAGAAGGACCCUAUAUCCCUGGCCAGAAAGAUUGUGAGCACUUUAAGCUCUACUACGGUGAGGACCACCCUAGUACCCAGAGGGCCCUACUAACUCUCCGGGAAGCAAGAGAGUCAGUCUUCGAGGCCAAGCCGACAUCCCAGCAAGUAAGGAGUCUUACCGAUCAUAUUGCUUCCCACCAAGCUCGUCUAGGCAAGAUGGUAAACAAGUACCAGCUGCUCGCUCAGCAAAUCCAGGUGCUCGACGUCCAGCACCGAAGCAUGGGCGAUGCAAUUUCUCAGAUGUCAGUGGGGCUAAGUAAUAUAGAAGCCAAGAAGCAAAAACUGGAGGUAAAGGUAGCAGCCCAAUCCUUCCAAGUAUCAGAAGGGAUGACGCCACAGGCCAAUGUUGAUACACAGGUUGCGAACUUCGCAUGCACAUCACAUCCAUGUUCCCUAGUUUACAGGCUAACGCUGUGAACUUGGACGCUGCUCUACAACAGCUAUCAGGCGUCAUGCAGGACAGCAUCAUCAUGCAGCAAGAGAGCCAGGAGCUGGAUAAUGCAGCGGCAGCUGAACAUGCAGAGCAAGCAGCACCCGCAGCUGGCGCAGGUUUCCAGCCAGUCCAUGAAGGGGGAGGAGCAGUAGCAGCAGGGGCUCCACCAGCUAUCGAGGUCAACGCGGGUACGACAGAAGAAGAUAAUUGCAUAGACGGCCCUAGGCACGGUGAUGUUGUAGAUCAGCGCACACAGAAGAUCUUACAGCAUAUUGGCAGGAAGAGACUAGAAGCUAUAUCGCAACAUGCAUCUGCAACCACGGGGUGCCCUGGACACAUUCCUGUCAGAGGUCUAGGAGGCGAUCGAGCAGGAGAUGGUGUUGUCUUGGACCUCCCACGCCAAAUCUUGGAAUUACUGGGUGCGUCUGGCAAUGGGCCUGGGGACGGGGCGGGCUCGCAGGUGGAGUGACAUCAGAGUCCAGCGAAGGCCCGUCGGCACGGGGGGUGAUCUAAAGGAAUCAACACGGCCCACGCAGCUUCUAGAGAAAGAAGGCCGUUGCCUAAAAUCUAUAUCCGUUCAAAGAAGGCGCCGCAGGAAGCAUUUCAAGGCCCGGAAGGCAGCUGGAGGUCUCUCCUGGACAUCGCUCCCCGCGACAUCCCUCAGGCAACGAAAACCUUUCAAAUGAGACGGCGCAGACAUGGGGCACCACUACUCACUCUUAGACAUGGAGCAAUUCAGUUGCGUAGCCAAGCUGUUCAGCAUCAUUAAAGAGAUUGGGAUCAUGCCGCCCCUAUCCGUGCAAUUCGCACGAAGCUAAUUCCCAGACGCAUGCCAGAUCAGGUAGGCUUGAGCUUAGCUUUUGAGGGAUCGGUUUACUUCCCAGUCAAUAUCGUGUUUAUGCCAGGAUAAGGCAAGACGUCUCGCGGACUGGGGAAGGAGCGCGCCUCAGCAAGAUGAUGGGCCACCAAGCUGUCCGCUCCAUCUUGGAAAUCGUGUUCAUUCAAGGGUUACGGGCUGAAUCUGCAGCCCUAGAGUCCGUGCAUGUGCAUGCGGGGUGCCUCCUGUGGGGUUUGAGCAAGUAUUGCGAACUCGUGAACCAUCAUCUCCUAUGGGACCGUGCAGAGCAGCAGGAACAUCCAUUAGCAGUCUUGGCUAUAGUACUGUACCAAUGCUCGGGGCGUAGUUUUUGGGGGUAUUCAGGCACAUGCGUUAACUGAUCCUUUCCAAGAACUGGCAUGGCCGCAGGGUGCUCUUGCGCAAGGUACCUUAUCCAGGUAUUCUCGUUACCGCCGCCGAGGGCCUGGAGCUCCAACAACCCUGAGAUAGACCUCACCAUGUUCAUCGACGAUUUCCUUGUGAUGUACUCGCGCGUUUGCUUACGGACUCUGGUCAACAGGCUUACUCGUGCAGUUGCUAGCCUUGCUCAUCUCAUAAUAUGGGCAAUGAAACGUAGCAUCGCGUUGCACAAAUCUGUAAUUGUGGCCGGCUCCCCCGUGUUCAAAGCAAUUUCGAUGGGCAGUUCAGGGAAAUACGCAGGAAUCCUUCGGAAAGCAUCACCAAGCCCGCGUGGUGGUGGGAGACAUGGACGACGACCAGGGCUCCGCCCGGCUCCGCGUACGUGCUCGACGGGGCCACCGGCGAGAGGCUGCUGAAGCUUGUGGCGAGUGAUGGGACUGCUUACGACAGUUUCGGUUCCUCGGUGGCCGUGAGCUCCGACGGGGCCCGCGUGGUGGUGGGGAGCAAAUUUGACGACGACCAGGGCACCGAUUCUGGCUCCGCGUACGUGCUCGACGGGGCCACCGGCGAGAGGCUGCUGAAGCUUGUGGCGAGUGAUGGGGCCGAUUACGACUACUUCGGUUCCUCGGUGGCCGUGAGCUCCGACGGGGCCCGCGUGGUGGUGGGGGCCUAUGCUGACGACGACCAGGGCACCAAGCCCGGCUCCGCGUACGUGCUCGACGGGGCCACCGGCGAGAGGCUGCUGAAGCUUGUGGCGAGUGAUGGGACUGCUUACGACAGUUUCGGUUCCUCGGUGGCCGUGAGCUCCGACGGGGCCCGCGUGGUGGUGGGGAGCAAAUUUGACGACGACCAGGGCACCGAUUCUGGCUCCGCGUACGUGCUCGACGGGGCCACCGGCGAGAGGCUGCUGAAGCUUGUGGCGAGUGAUGGGGCCGCCUCCGACUACUUCGGUUCCUCGGUGGCCGUGAGCUCCGACGGGGCCCGCGUGGUGGUGGGGGCCUAUGUGACGACGACCAGGGCACAGAUUCAGGCUCCGCGUACGUGUUCGGUGAGGCAACAACUGAGACGACCACCGCGACGACCACCAAGACGGCCACGACGACCACCGAUACGGGCACGAGUUCCGCGACGUCAAGCACUACUACCAUCAUCAAGACAACCACCGAGACAACAACUGAGACGACCACCGCGACGACCACCAAGACGGCCACGAUGACCACCGAUACGGGCACGAGUUCGGACACGUCAAGCACCACAGCCACCACCGAGCCAUGGGGAUUAAUUGCAGUCUUCGCUGGUGCCUUGAUCUUGUUCUUGGUCGCGCUGGGCUGCCUGGUGAAGCGCGGCAUUGACAACGCGGAAGUUGAGGACAACGAGUACAACGAGUCGGAGCAGGUCGUGGAGAUCUAGCACGACACGGAGCCUGAGGCCUUCUUAGAAUCUCCCUCCCUCCUCCUCGCUCCCUGUCGCGCCGCGCAGCUAUCCCUCGCAAUACGCUGGAGCAAAGCACAGUUUUUUUGCCUCUUGGGGCCCGGAGCAGGAGUCGGAGCAGGACGCGGAGAUCGAUGAGCACGAGUCGGCGCACCGUAUUUAGCACGACGCGGAGCCUGUAUCAUCAGGCUACUCUGCAGAGCAACACUACGCCAACUCACCUUUGGCUUCGAGAAGCCACGUUUUUCCCCAACCAUCCAAGCGCUCUCACAUGGCGCUCUAUUUCUCUCUCUCUCUCUCUUUUUUUCGGGG